GAGAGAGAGAGAGAGAGUUGUGUUUCCUCGAUCAGUUGCAUCAUCGUUUUGGUCCUGAAGGAGCCUCUUCCUGUCUGUCAUCGCGAUGAAGAUGAUGAUGAUGCUGUUCGGCAGACGCAGGACACACGGGCACGCGUAUGCCAGCUAAACGCUUGAAUUGAUCGUGACAUUGUCGAAUAAAGCAACUGUACAUUUGCCGAAAUAACGAAGGAUUGACAAUUGGUCUUUCACGUCAAAGCUCAGCCGGGGCAGAUCCUUGUUUAAGUCUCGCUUGUAUUGAUCUUCCUUAAAGAUGUCGUCAUCCUAUAUGUUCAUGGGUCGCUUGGUUGAAGGGCAGAGAUGUGGAAGUGAAGGAGUCCGUUCAUUCUCCUCAUUAUUAUAACGCCUCGUCUGCUGGAUAGUGAUUUAAGAAUGGAGAACACGGGGUCUCAGGUGGUUUCUCUGGAGCGGCAGGUGGAGAGUGUGGAGCGGAGCAUUGUGUUCCUCCGGCAGGAGCAGCUCACUCUGCUGCAUGGACUUCACCUGGAGAUCCUCUCUCUUCAGAAACGCUGCACAGAACUCACACAAGACCUGAACAUGAAGCCUCCAGGCAGGAGUCAAACUGAGGUGCUGGAAGAGGAGGAGCAGCUGGAGUCCCGCUGUCAUGAAGUAGAGGAGCAUCUGGAGGCGCAGCAGCUAAUCCAGAGUGACCUGCACUGGGAGCUGAGCCAGAAAUCAGUGCUGGUCGGUGCUCUCCGUGCCAGUCUGAAAGAGAAGGAGCGCCGAUUCCUGGAGGAGUUGAAAAACCGCAGUCACAGGACCACAGUGCUCAACACGGAGCUGCAGAAGCAGACGGAGGCGGCAGCGUACCUGUCCUUCCAGCUGCACUCAGCCAAGCAGAAACUCCAGCAGCAGCGCAGAAGACCGCCCCAGCCUGGAGCAGACAGACCCCCGGUCCACCCUUCACCUCAAGCCAGCGCCUGCAGCCCAACUGUCAUCAAACCCAAACGGAGGAGCUCUGGUAGAUCCUCCACGCAGCUCCGCACUGAGCGCACCCGAGAAUGUGUGCCACGCGAGAGGGUGACGGGCCCCGAAGAGCCAAUGGCCAUGCCUGACCCUGCUCUCUUCUUAUACCCAUACAGACACAGGUUACGCCCACCACAUAGACACACCCUUCAGGAGGUGGAGGGGGAGGAGUCAGAGGAGCUGGAUCAGGGGGCUUCAGUGAGCAGACUGGCAGCGACUGUUGCUAAAGCCACUGCUACUACUGCCUCCACAACAGAGAACAGCGACGAAUGAGCGUUUCUCUUACGGUUCGCCUCAAUGAUCUGCUUGUUUUUUUUUAUGAUAGUUGCACCUUGAGUCCCCUUGGGAGAACCUUUGCAUUUUGACAGUGACAGAAAUGUUUAUAUUUGCGAUACGGUUAGCUUUUUUUACAGUUUGCACACACAGGGAUAAAUUGAGCUAGGAGAGAUUUUUGCUUACCAAUACCAACGCAUGUUUAUGUUGCUGUAAAGCAUUUUUGUAAUCAGAAACGACCAUGAGGGCCUUGCUACACAAGCAUAAAGUGCUCUGUAAGGCCUGUUUUAUGCAUCCUGCAUUUGUUGCUUUUAUUUUUUUUGCUGGUUAAGUUAACAGAUUACAACUUUCACACUGAUAUUUAUGCGGUCCACGCUAUAGAUUGAUGUUCUUUUUGUACUAAACAACUGUCUGUUGUUGCUGAUAAUCUACUCCUGCGAUAUGAUUGUUGCUGAUAAACACAUUGCCAUAUCGAUUGUCAAACUAUACAUUGUGCAGCCCUAGUGUGCAACAUUUUUUAAACAGUUACCCAUUUUACCCAUUAAAUUCAGCUUCCACAGAGAUCACUGUAAUACUUCCAACACCUUACUUUCCUUUGACUGACCACCUUAACAAGUUGUUACCAGGUGUGUGGAAUUUUUUUAGGUACUUCUCAUCAGUGCAAAGUUAUGUCCAUGUAAAUCUAGAGAGGGUUGUGUGAAUUGCAUAAUGUAAUAUUGGAAAACAUGUGUCAGUGUCGAGGGCCGUGGCUCUGCACAGUUUUGCUCCAACCCUGAUCAAACACCAGGGGCGGACGUGCCAUAGGGAGCAUCGGUGGCCUGACGGUCAAUCUGGCCUGCCACCGUGACUCUGGCCUGCCGCCUACAAACACCCAACCAGCUCCUUCCCUUUAUGAAGCUACUUUAUGCUCCCACCUUGACACGCCAGCUCAUUGUCAUAAAUGGUGCAGUAAAGUCAUGUUGGAUAAUUUGUGUUUACGAGCUACCACAAAGUCAUGAUUACGAUUGGGAAACUCAGAAUUGUGAGUAUGGGGUAUGUCAACAUGAAACAUGGUGAAAUUGAUGGAUGCAACGUGUUUCAGGCUAGUCUGGCAUUUUGUUUACUAAAAAGUCAUUGCAAUAUUAUAAUUAAUACAUUUCUAUAUGAUUAGUUUAAAGUGGCUUAAAAAUUUAAAAGCGUAAAAACACACCUGGUGCGAAAUUUCUUUUUCGAUAAGCAGAGUUAACAAACCCUAAUUUAUCAAAAGAAUUACAUCGCCGUCAAGUGCAGACGAAAGUUAAUUGAAUGCACAAGACGCCAUAAUUACGACUUAUCAACUCGUAAGUACGAACUUCCAAGGACAACUUAAAUAGAACAUAAGUGUUGAUGAUGCCAAAAGAAUGCAAUAAGCCACACCAAGACGUGGUUUACAGUUAUUUAAACUAAACAUGAUGAAAUUGAUGGAUGCAACGUCUUUCAGGCUAAUCAGGCUUUUUAUUUACCAAAAAGGUAAUUCCAAUAUAAUAAUUAAUUCGUUUCUAUAUAAUUACCUUAAAUUAAACAAAUAAAAGCAUACCUGAUGCGAAACUUCUUUUUCAAUAAGAAGAGUUAACAAACCCUGCUAUAUUUUCUUGAAAUUUAUCAAAAGAAUUGACAACAAUGCACAAGAUGCCAUAAUUACCACUUAUCAACUCGUCAGUACAAACUUCCCAGGACGACUUAAAUGUGUUGACGAUGCCAAAAGAACUCAAUAAGCCACACCAAGACGUGAUUUACAGUGAUUUUUUUCAUAGUUAACGGAGCAAAGAUUACCCGCCUUGUCAAUUUACCAACAACUACAGUAUAUGUACAAAUUUCAAUUUAGUUAAAAGGCCCUGUGAAAUUACAAUAAAAAAUAGAGAUGUUAGUGUCAGUAUGUUAGUUUUUAGGAUAUCUAUUAGCUAAUUUGCUCCAAAACAGUGACAAAAUUUUAAUAUAAAUAGUUAAAUUAAAACCUGAAAAAAUUAAUUAAAUAUAAACCUGAUAUAAACAUCCAAAUCUUGCAGUUUGUCACUUCCGCCUAUAUGGAUCAACGAUUUUUUCGACAUCACAUCAUACUUCAGUUUCUCAUCAAAUCUUCUGACCAAUCAAAUGCUUCCCAUUAUCUGACAUGCCCCGCCCCGCCCCCUUCAAGACACUUCUCUAACACUCCCGCUGGAGGAGCUGUGAUAAAACUAAACACUAUCAGCAGUUUUUUUAUAAAUGGGGAGGAGCUGCUAUAUGCCCCGCCCCUUUUCAUUUUUUUGUUGAGAUUACAUCACAUUUCGGAUAAAAACAUGCACAUUUUAAAGCACUUCACGCAAAGUUCAAGCCCUUUACUAAAAUAAAUAUGCAAUGUAGCAACCUAGAAAAUGCUUUCAGUAUAGAUAUUUAAUUUUCACUAUUAGUGCUGCUGAAGUGCUGUCAGUGUGAAAGCAUGAGUCUGCAGACGCAGGAUGUGUGAAACAGGCUGAAGUCAGUGUCCUUGUGAACGUGUUACUGCUGAGACUUUGUUCCGCUGGAUGUUUUUUGAUAUAUAUAUCUCUGUCUGCCCUUGUUAGCUCAUGUCAGAUAUUUCUGAAUGAUCUGUCCAGUGUCACCACAAGUGCACUGUCUGUCUGUUCCCUCCAGAUGCCAUGGGGAUUUUUAUCCUCUGCUGGUUUGUGUAGAUGGAGAAAUCCUGCAAAGCCUGAAUCAUUUGCUUAAGUGCUUUAUCUGGUGUAUGUUUAUGCGUGGGCUUGCUGUUUAGAAAAGAGUGGGCUCAAGGGUCAACGCGCUAUUGUUCUGCCAUCAUUACACGAGCCAGUGAUGCCCAAAGGAUUGAUUAGUUUUAUGCUGCUUGUGCCGUAAUGUUUGAUAUUGUGAGCACAUGUCUCAUUCUUUUAUAUGUGCAUAUACCAGGAAAUAUGAAAAUUUAGGGGAGUGAUUGGUGUUAAAUUACUGUUAGAUUAUUCACCCCUAGGCCAUCUAAUAUGCAGGUGACUUUUAUUCUGUAGAAUUUUUAGAUAAAAUCAUGGUCCUUGAUGAUUUAUAAAGGUAAUGAGGCUGUAAACGUUCAAUUUAUUGACCUCAAAUACUGACAAAUCCAAUGUCUGAUAGAAAAUAAAUUGUUAAUGUCCACACAACGUCAAGCUGUAACAUCAUUAGACGCUGAUAUUUGGUUGUUUUUAGGUUGCGUUGGAAUGUAACCAAAAACGGGCAUUGAUAUCGGCCUGACGUUGGGUUCUAACAACAACCCAAUUUUCAUUUCCAAACAAAAUGCAACGUACCACAACGUUGGGAUACAACGUCAAUCUUAUCUCAAGUUGAUGUCCUGUGCCUGCUGGGAAAUUACAGUUAAAUUACUAAUCCAAGUUGUAGGAGACUUUUAUUCUGUAAAAUUGUAGCUGGACUCAUAGUCCUUGUUGAUUUAUAAAGGUAAUAAUGCUGUAAAUGUUUUUUUUUUUUACAGAUCGAUUAGGUUGAGCCACAAGUAUUCAAUUUGUGUUUUCAGUUUAUGUUUUUCUGCCUCUUAAAUUGCAACUUUCAUUUUCGUUUAUAUAUAUCUCUAAGGAACAAAGUUUUUAGCCUGAAAAUCUUUAAUGUUCUGCUUAAUGGGUAAGUUAAUAAUACAUUUUCAUUUUGGGUGAACUUUUACUUUCAUUUCAAUAAUCUGAAAAUUUAAGGGAGGAGAUUAAUACAAACCCAGCAGACACAAAACGUCAUAAGAGGUCAAUAUUAGGUUAAAUUUAGGUCGCAAGCCUCUAAGGACAAUGUUAUUUUGACUUCCAAUAACGACGUGAAAUGACGUUGAUAUUUUCUCAAUUUUAGGUUGUGUUGGAAAGUGACCAAAAUCCAACAUCGAGCUGACAUCUUAAACCAAUGUCAUAUUGACGUAAAAUACUGACAUUUAUUUGUCAACCAAAAUCUAAUCGACAUCAUAAUGGUAACGUUUACAAAACGUCAAGCUGUAACAACAUUAGACGUUAAUAUUUGGUUGAUUUUUAGGUUGCAUUAGAAAGUAACCAAAAAUGGGCAUUGACGUCGGGCUGUUGUUGGGUUCUAACUACAACGGAAUUUUCAUUUCUAAACAAAAUGCAACGUCCCACAACGUUGGGAUACAACGUCAAUCUGAUGUCAUGCUGCCUGCUGGGAAAUUACUGUUAGAUUACUCACCCUCAGGCCAUCCAAGAUGUAGGUGACUUUUAUUCUGUAAAACUUUAGCUGAAAUCAUGGUCCUUGAUGAUUUAUAAAGGUAAUGAUGCUGUUAAUGUUCAAUUUAUUUCACAGAUCGAUUGGGUUGAUUCAUAAGACCUCAAUAUAUCAUCAUUAGGCACAGGUAUUCAAUGUGUUUUGUCAUUAUAUGUUUUUCUGCCUCUUUAAAUGGAGAUAGCCCUUCACUUUUAUCUUAUAUAUCACCAAGGAGCACAGUUUUUAGACUAAAAAUCUUCUUUAAUGUUCUGUUUAAUGUCUGGGUGAGUAAAUCAAUAAUACAUUUUCAUUUUGGGUGAUCUUUUUUUCUUUAAUUUCAAUAUGAUUACACAAAAUUCGUUUCACUUAAAGGCUUGUUAAUUCAUAUUAUUCAAGAUUAGAAGUGAUGUGAUACAAAUUGGAAUUGAACUCCUACACUUAUAUACUUAAAAGCAAGUGAGUGUAUAGAAAUGAACUGGAUAAAGAGUGACAUUGAUCAUUACCUUUCUUGACACUUAACAAACACUCAUCUAAUAAAUAAACAAACACAGUCUAAUAAAUCGACUGUAUUACGAGCCUGUAAUUUUAAAAUGAUUCAUCAUCACCAAUUUUCAAACCAAGCUAUACAAUUUGUACAAAUGUGGUGUUUCUCUUUGCUUUGGUAGAUCGGAAUGGUAGUUUUGCUGGGAAUGUUGAAUAUAAGGUUGUUGAAAACCCAAAUAUGAAAAGCGGUCCUCUCGGGGAUCAUAACUGAAUGCAAUGCUUUGCUUUUGACUGAAAAUCGUGUCUGAUUUCGACACAGCCCUAACAAAGUGAUGUUUGCUUCACUCAGGGUCUGAAAUCUUAUUUUGUAAAUGUAUAUGCAUACGCCUGACAUUAUUUAAAAAGGCCUAUAACCAGUUUUUGUAUCGUAUCAGUGCAGAGAUAAGAAAAGUUAGGACAUAAUGUAAGGUGAGCGUUUACCAACCUUGUUCCUGGAGGCACACCAACAGUACAUAUUUUGGAUGUCUCCGUUAUAUGACCAACUAACUUCAGGUUUUGGAGUAUCUUCUAAUGAUCUAAUGAGUUGAUUCAAGUGUGUUUGAUUAGGAAGAGGUUGAAAAUGUGCAACGUUGGUGUGCAUUUAGGAACAGGGUUGGGAAGCACUGAGUUAAAGUGUGAUGAUAUAAUCACAUCUGUUUUUUGAUAAACACAAGGAUUAUAUUUAAACGAUUUUUUACAUUAUUUAUAAUGGCAUUGAAAAGAGUUAAGCAAUACUGCCUCACUCACAGGAUGAUUUCUGCAUAAUCAUAUUUACAUUUUUUGAAAAUUGUGUUUGAUCUGAAACAAUUAGGAAACAUGCAAUAUCUGUGAAUGUUUUUUUUUUUUGGUAUAAUUCCCAUUUUCAAUGUAAAAUGUGCUUGCCAAGCAUUUUCUUUUCACUUAUUCAUGUGGAAUAAUCGUCUUCCCUUCAACAAUCUGACUGUUAUAGUUUUGUAACUGGUUUCUGGUGGUCUUGUUUUUUAAAAAGACAGUAUAACAAGUGAUUAGAAUCAAUGUUAAUGGCAAAUUAUACAGCAAUGUCAACAGUGUUUUUGCAAACAUUAGACACCGGUUUCACAAAUAUUUUCUUGAAAUGUAAAAAUGUUCUUUAAAUCUCUGACGACCCACAGAACAGUUGUGCAACAAUAAUGUGUCGCAAUAAAUAAUCCACUGUUUACUCUGUAGUAUAUGAUUAAAGGGGUUUAUUAAAACACUUUGUUAAUUGCAAUCCUU